UGGAGAAGGCAGCGAAAUGCCGAAGCGAGGCCGAAUCUGCCCAUCAGGUUGCUUUCUUCUCCUUCAGCCUGGGCCGCGGAGAGCUUAGCCCAGCGGCUUGGCCACCGCUGAGCGACGCUUGACGAAGUGUGUGGAGCGAUCUCCUCAGGCAUUCGGGACCUAUACGUAGGUCCGUAUGCCUGCAAGAAAUAAUUAGACUGCCAAGUGUCUCUAAAUUGAGGAAGCCCUUCGGGGCGGCCAGACGAUAACAUUUUUGUUCCCGACAGCUGCAUGAGCCCAUGAGUCCGCCGAUCGGCGUUAAUUGCAUCCUCUCUCUCUAUCAACCUGAUUCAAGCAGCGUCAAGCAGCAGCAUGGCGCGUAGCGAUGGCAAGCCGAUCUGGCUUGAUUGCGACCCUGGGCAUGAUGAUGCGAUUGCCCUGCUCUUUGCACUCUUUGCCCCGCAAAAUUGUACCGGCGGCAGCAAUUUCGCUGCGGCCCUUGACCUCCUUGGUGUAUCAGUCGUGGCAGGGAAUGCUCCUGUUGCAGCUACGUACGCCAAUGCGGCUCGUCUCUUGACCCUCUACGGGGCUGCCCUCCCCAAGCACUCGCGAGACUUCGAAUCAGACGGAGUACACCUCUUCUGCGGUUCCGAGGUGCCGCUCAACAAGCUGCCACGCAGCGACCCUGAUAUCCACGGCGAGGAUGGGCUAGGAGGCGUGACUGGUCUGCCGUCACUGGGCAGCGAACAGGUGCAAAAGAGGGUCUGGGCGUCGUAUGAUGUGCCGCAGCAACGACAUCUCCUACCGCGCUCCUCGCCCGGAGAGCUACUCGUCUUCUGGCACGCUUUACUCACUCAUCGCAUCAAGAAGGGCCUGCCCAAGAUGACCAUCGUCGCUACGGGACCGCUGACGAAUGUUGCCCUCCUAAUGCGCGGCUUUCCCGAUCUGGUCGAGCAGGGUAUUGAGGAGGUGGUCAUCAUGGGUGGGGCCCCGCCUGGUACAAGAGGCAAUCGUGGCCCGCUGGCAGAGUUCAACAUCCUCGUCGAUCCUGAAGCGGCAGACAUCGUCUUCAACUUCGACGUCCCCGUAGUCAUGGCCGGCCUGAACGUAACGCACCAAGCCAUCUUCGGACGCUCCCAUCUCGAGCGGCUUCAGGCGCAUCAAUGUGGUGAUCAAGCGCUCUGUGACACCCUCGCAUCAGUCGUCACCUUCUUCGCCGACACAUACAAGAGCGAAUUCGGUUUCACUUCUGGCCCGCCUGUACAUGACGUCCUUGCUGUUGCUUACGUUGUGGCUCCGGAGCUAUUCAAUUGUCCAACUACGGGCGCGCCUCCGAAGCGAUAUCAAGUACAAGUCGAGACGGCUGCGCAUAGUCUGGCGAUGGGUUCGACAGUCAUUGACUUCUAUGCCAAGACGUGCCAACGGCCGGAGGAAGAGUGGUGGGGAAGAGGAGGGCGGAACGCAAUCGUGCUUGAGCAUCUCGACGUCGAGAAACUCUGGGACAUGUUCUUCGCAUGCCUCGAGCGGUGUGCUCAACGGCGAAAGCAGCUGGGCGUGUCUUCGUAG